GCAGCGGGUGAGCAGCUCAGCCUCGCACUCGCCGGGAUACUCAAAAAACUGCUACCUAUCACCGAGUGGGACCCCGCUCGUGAGGCUUUUACUGAGGAAGCGACUCUGUCACUGUGGAACAACAACCCAGACCCGGCCAAGUGGGUUGCGGCUGUGUGCUACAACCAGGCAUGGGAUGUCAGCAACAAGGCAGGCAUUUCGGACGUGGUGAGCUUGAAAUUCAGUCUCGGUGCUUUUAAUACCGACUACGAUUGCAUGUACAUUGGGAAGGGCACGCAGUUUUUCACCCAGGGUGAUGGUGGUUUUAUCAACCUUCGUUACCAAUACGACGACAAAGCUUGCAAAUAUGAUCCUAUCAGCGGUGAUCUUUCUUGCUAG